CCCCUUCUCUCUCUCUCUCCAUCCACCUCUAUCUCACUCUCUCUCUUUUUUCUCUCUGCUCUCCUUUCUCAAAAAAGCCAUGACGGCGAUCCCGCGAUCCAUCUUCGCCUCCGCGCCAUCUUUAUAUUAUUUCUAAUUUAUUUUUAUUUUUUUUCCUCCCCUUGCCCCUCCGCCUCCUCUUCUCGUGGAUGUCAGAGGCGUUGGAUGAAGAUAUUUUUUUUUCUGCCCCACCGGAGUCUCCUCUCUAACCCUGGCUCUCCCCGAUGUGAUCCGCGCUGAACGCCGCCGCCGCCAGCCACCAUGUCUCGCCGCAAGCAAGGCAAACCCCAGCACUUAAGCAAACGGGAUUUUUCGCCAGCUGAGCCCCUCUCCACGGCUGUUGUCUCGUCGGAGGAGCUGUCGGAGCGCUGCUCGGAGAACUCGGAGGAGAGCGGCAGCCUCAACGGGCACCACCCGGGCUCGAACGUGGGCCGGCUGGCCCGGCUGGGUCAUGACGCUCACCCGUCUCUGGAGCAGGACCUGCUGACCUGCGGCCAGUGCCAGGCCACUUUCCCCCUGGCGGACAUCUUGCUCUUCAUUGAGCACAAGAGGAAGCGAUGCCACGGUCCGCCCUGCCUCACUGUGGGCAGGGGGCUGGACAAGCCCCCCUCGCCCUCCCCCGGCUUGGCCCUCACUCCUUCGCCUGCAAUGGGCUCCCUGCGCAGCCGGAGGCUGGAAGUGGGUGUCCAGGCCACACUGGCAGAUGAAGAUGAUGACCGGUUCUCAUCACCCCGGGGCAUUUGCCCCAAACAGGAGCCCCUCCCAGGUAAGGAGGAGCCUACCACUUAUACCUGCACUACAUGUAAGCAGUCUUAUGGCAGCGCCUGGUUCUUGCUGCAGCAUGCUCAGAACACCCACGGCUUCCGUAUCUACCUGGAAAGUGAACAUGGCAGUCCUCUGACCCCACGCAUGGGUGGCCCUUCCUCCCUUGGCGGAGGCGCAGACUGCCCUUCCCAGCCUCCACUUCAUGGCCUUCAUCUGCCUCCUGAUGCAAGCCCCUUCAACCUCCUGCGCAUCCCUGGCUCGGGCUCAGGUGGAAGGGACAGUGUUGGAGGAGGAGGUGGCAUUGGCACUGGCGCUGUUGGUGGUGGCCAUCAUCAGCGUUUCCCCCCAACACCACCCCUCUUCAGCCCCCCUCCAAGGAACCACCUGGACCCCCACCACCUGAGCCCAGAGGAGCUGGCGCUGGCAGCCCACCACCCGAGUGCCUUUGACAGGGUGCUGCGCCUCAAUCCUCCUCUGCCUCUAGAUCCCCCUCCAACAAUGGACUUCUCAAGGCGGCUUCGGGAACUGGCGGGCAACACCUCAGGGUCCACUCCCCCGCUGUCCCCAAGCCGGCCAAGCCCCAUGCAACGCUUACUCCAGCCAUUCCAGACAGGAGGAGGAAGUGGAGGCACAGGAGGUGCAGGGGGCAGCAAACCUCCAUAUCUUGCUACUCCACCGCCUCUUCCAGGUUCCAUGCAGUCACCUGUGGGCUCUCAGACCACGCCCACUACCCCUCUCCCCUCAACAGGGGCUACACCCUCCUCUACCACCCAGUUGAAAUCAAAGUGUUGUGAAUUUUGUGGCAAGGCCUUCAAGUUUCAGAGUAAUCUCAUCGUGCACCGGCGUAGCCACACAGGAGAGAAGCCGUACAAAUGCCACUUAUGCGAUCAUGCUUGCACACAGGCUAGCAAACUGAAACGCCACAUGAAGACACACAUGCAUAAAUCGUCCUCACCAAAUACAGGCAAGUCAGAAGACGGGCUCUCUACAGCCUCAUCCCCGGAGCCUGGAACUAGUGAGCAUGUGGGCAGCGCAAGCAAUGCCCUCAAGUCAGUGGUGGCCAAGCUGAAAAGUGAGAAUGACCGUAUGCUACGUGAAAAUGGAGAGGAGGAGGAGGAGGAAGAGGAGGAGGAGGAAGAAGAGGAGGAGGAGGAAGAAGAAGAGGAGGAGGAAGAGGAGGGGGAGGAGGAGGAAGAGCAGAAUGGAGAGAGGGUAGCAAGACGAAACAAUAACAGCUAUCACUUUGGCUUGAACCUUGAAACGGCACGUCAGCAUGAAAACAACGGCAGCAUCGGAAGUCGACUGGGAGGAGUGGCCGAUGAGGGCUCGAUCCCUCGUUCGCUGCCUGAGGUGAUGCAGGGAAUGGGUCUUGCUGCGAGCAUGCAGCACUUCAGCGAAGCCCUAAAUGCACACAAACGAAAUGCCAUGGCCCAAGAGAACCACCUGCACCACCACCUCAACCGAGACCAUCACCACAAUCGUGAGAUAUGCGAUGGAGACUCAGUGCUGGAAACCGAUCGUGGGGAGGAGGGCUCAGUCUCAACAGUCAACGGUCGAGGAGCAUCACCUAAUGAAUCCGCCUCCGUCGGCCUCUCCAAGAAACUGCUUCUAGGUAGUCCCAGUCCACUCAGUCCUUUCUCUAAACGUAUCAAGCUGGAAAAGGAGUUUGACCUGCCCACCUCUACAAUCCCUAACACUGAGAAUGUCUACUCUCAGUGGCUGGCUGGCUAUGCUGCCUCCCGACAACUCAAGGACCCUUUUCUGAACUUUGGGGAUUCCAGACAAUCGCCCUUUGCAUCCUCAUCGGAGCAUUCUUCAGAGAACGGCAGCCUGCGUUUCUCAACCCCUCCGGGGGAAUUGGAUGGUGGGAUGUCAGGCCGUAGUGGUACAGGCAGUGGGGGCAGCACACCACACCUCGGUGGUCCUGGGCGCCCCAGCUCCAAGGACGGCCGCAGGAGUGAUACUUGUGAGUUUUGUGGCAAAGUGUUCAAGAACUGCAGUAACCUGACAGUGCACAGGCGCAGCCACACAGGGGAAAGACCGUACAAGUGUGAGCUGUGCAAUUAUGCAUGUGCCCAGAGCUCCAAACUUACUCGCCACAUGAAGACCCAUGGUCAGGUGGGCAAAGACGUGUACAAGUGUGAAAUUUGUCAGAUGCCCUUCAGUGUCUACAGCACCUUGGAGAAACACAUGAAAAAAUGGCACAGUGACCGUCCUUUGAGUACCGAAAUUAAGUCAGAGUAGAAGGCCGAACAAUGGGACCUUUUCCCCGCAGUUAUGUCCACCAUCAGUCCCCGGUUUAUUCCCUGCCCCUUGUAGAUUUGCCCCAAUCCCAACACACCACUUUUGCCAAUCUGGCAGAAGUUUAAGACCAUGUGCUUUGCACCAGCACACCCUGUUUCCAUUACUCAUUGAAUGCAUGAUCUGUAUCGGGGCAAUACUCUUGCAUUGACGCAAAACUUCGAGCCUUUCUCUUGUGCAAUAAUUUACAUGUUGUGUACUAUUUUCUUUUAUGAGUUUUCCUUUUCCAUUUUUAAGAAUUAGUCAGCAUGCAUAGUAUGUUUUUGCUAAUCAAAGAAAAAAAAAAAAGAAAAGAACUUGUCCCUGGUUGGUUAGUUGUUGAGUAAAUGUGUUGCUGUUUUUCUCUUGUUCAGUUUUUUUCUUUUUAUUCUUCAAAAAGAGAAAAGACAAGAAAGAUACAUCCAUGCUGCAUACAUUCUGUAACACAUAUCAUGUACAGUUCUGUUUUGUAACAUGGAAAGUGAACAUUCUUUGACUUGAUCCAUUUCUUACAACCCUGGAAAUGCACUUAUCCUGAUCUUUCUAAAAGAUACCAUGUUCAGACAGGGUUUAAAAAAACAACAACAUGCAUUGGCUUGAGGACUAAACUGUAAGUGGGCCUUGAAAUUUCUUUAAAAAAAGACAAGGGUGUGCUAGAAUUCAAUUUGUACUAUCAUUCGGUAGAAUAAGAAAGAGUGCCUUUGAUAUCUUUAGACUGCAUUGGCCAUAACCUUAUCUGGCAUAAGUUUGGGGUCACAUAAGCCACCCAGCGAAGGUCCUUGCAUCAAGCACCUGACUGCUCAAAUGGACUGUGAUGAUUCAUGAUGAAAGAUCAGCGAGUUCUCUUUAAUCAUCAUUUAGCUACCUAUUACAUGUUCAAUAGGCUAUCUUUAAUAUGUGGAUUUCAUGGCAAGCAUGGUACAAGCAGUAUUGUGUAUAUCUGAAUUAUUUGUAGUUUUGUUUUUUGGUAAGGAGGUACUUUUAAAACAAAGGUAACCUGUAGUGUACAAUCCUGAAUUUGAGGGAUACAACGCAUGGCUGAGAAGUGUCAUGUAUCUGCGUUAGCACAAACCUACAACGCUGCUUCAAUACGUCAGUGUGUGGAACAAUGCAUAAAGUAAUAUAUGAGCUCCAAAUGAGGCUAACUUUAUUUGAGAGCAUUGAAAUAACUACAAGCUAGACAGACAGAAAGCUACACAGAACUGGAAGCUACAUAUUACGGGGAUUAGAGGCAAUGUCUUUCACUUUACAUUUCCAGUAUCAAAACAGGGUCAUAAGUAUUAUUGCAGAGAAAAAAAUAGAGAAUUGCAAAAAAAAUCUAUCUGUACUCUAGGGCUCUUUCAAAAAAAUCAGAAUGAGAUCAUUUUAAUCAGUGUGUAUAGGCUAAUGCAGAGCAUUUUUGUUUGUUUGCUGUUGCUUUUUAACCCAAAGGCAGAUUUUUUUUGUUGUUGUUUCAUUCAAGCCGUUCACAGUUUUCACUUGUCACUCCACCUGGGGUACGUACUGACGUCUCUCGUGCAUUGUGCCACACCAAUGCAGGUUGAGUCUAAAAGCUAGAUUGUCAUUUAUAGGACAUAAAGUGCACUGUUUCCUUUUUUUCCUGUUUACAAGUUUACGUCAAAGGGGACGAAAACCUCACUGAAAUGCUGUCAGACAAUGAGGGUCCCAUUGUUCUGAACAGUAAAAGAUAAGACACAUAAUAUGUUGCAACUCCACCCUCAUGACCUCUGUACCCUUGCCAUUUCACCUUUGACCAUUUGUCAAAUUGUUACCCCUGGAAUCCCCAACAUUUAGCCUGGGCUGAUAUUUCAUUGUUGUCAGCAAGAUCUGUAAAUUCAAAGGUUCACAGCGAGUAACCGAUGCUCCUACACGGCCGUCAAAUGGACACAGUUUUCAUUCCUGCUGGCCACUGUAACAUCCACUUUUUUUCUUUCUUCUUUAUUUUAAAGGAGCUGUUGUUGUCGUCUGUACCUGAAUAAUCUAUAGACCUUACUGGCUUGUCAACUGACACUCCAAGUUGUGUUGCCCACACUGCAAGAAUCUGUUUUUUGUAUAAAUCUUCCUUUAAUUAUAGAUAUGAAAAUAAACUUUUGUUUUCAAAUAACA